UAAUAGCUCACCCCCAUUUAAUCGGCCACGUUAUGAUCUUGAUUUCAUAAUUAGCGGUUCAUGCGAAAAACCAAUCGUAGGAACACCUAAACAAUAUAUUGAUCUUUAUUCGAAAUGUUGGAAUUAUGAUCCAAAUGAACGUCCUUCAAUGAUACAAAUUUUUCAGCAAUUAAAUAUGAUGACACCUAAUUACA